CUUUCCGGCCGGCCGGAAGCGGCGGUGCACUUCGGCUGCGCAUGCGCUCCUCACACGUGCUUCCAGAACGCCCCCUCCGCUGCCGCGGCUAGGUCGGCAUCAUGGUGCAGAUUUCUGCCCUGCGGCUGCUAAGACGGCCGGGGACGAGAGGAGUCUCGCUCCUGGAGUACUCAAGUCCCCGCCACUACAGUUCGGGCCCUCUCCGUGCCCGCGACGAUGCUCGCGACGCGCGCGCUUUCUUCACGACACCCAUUUUCUACGUGAACGCGGCGCCGCACAUCGGGCACCUGUACUCGGCGCUACUGGCAGACGCCUUGUGCCGCCACCGUCGCCUCCGAGUUCCCAGCGCCGCCGCCACGCGAUUCUCCACUGGUACCGACGAGCAUGGCCUGAAGAUUCAGCAAGCAGCAGCCGCUGCGGGCCUGGCCCCGACCGAGCUGUGCGACCGAGUCUCUGCCCAGUUCCAGCAGCUUUUUCGGGAGGCUGGCAUCUCCUCUACCGACUUCAUCCGCACCACCGAAGUCCGGCACCGGAUCGCUGUGCAGCAUUUCUGGGGAUUGCUGAAGGCCCGGGGUCUGCUCUACAAGGGUCUCUAUGAAGGUUGGUAUUGCGCCUCCGAAGAGUGCUUCCUGCCUGAGGCCAAGGUCACCAGGCAGCCGAGUUCCUCGGGGAAUUCGUGUCCUGUGUCUUUAGAGAGUGGGCAUCCCGUAGUCUGGACCAAGGAAGAAAACUACAUUUUCAGGCUUUCUCAGUUCCGAGAGCCUCUUCAGCAGUGGCUGCGGGGCGACCCUCAGGCAAUCACCCCUGAGCCAUUUCAUCACGCAGUUCUUCAGUGGCUAGAGGAGGAGCUGCCAGACCUGUCAGUCUCUCGAAGGAGCAGCCACUUGCAUUGGGGCAUUCCUGUGCCCGGGGACGAGUCGCAGACCAUCUACGUAUGGCUGGAUGCCUUGGUCAACUACCUUACUGUAAUUGGCUACCCAAAUGCUGAGUUCAAAUCUUGGUGGCCAACCACCUCUCAUAUCAUAGGCAAGGACAUUCUUAAAUUCCACGCUAUCUAUUGGCCUGCCCUCCUCUUAGGGGCCGGCAUGAGCCCACCACACCGCAUCUAUGUCCACUCACACUGGACGGUCUGUGGCCAAAAGAUGUCCAAAAGCUUGGGCAACGUGGUGGAUCCCAGGACUUGCCUUGAUCGCUAUACUGUGGAUGGCUUCCGAUACUUUCUUCUUCGGCAGGGCGUCCCCAACUGGGACUGUGAUUACUAUGAUGAAAAGGUGGUUAAGUUGCUAGAUUCCGAGUUGGCAGAUGCUUUGGGAGGUCUCUUGAACCGGUGUACUGCCAAUAGAAUAAAUCCUUCUGGGACCUAUCCGGUUUUCUGCACUACCUGCUUUCCCAGUGAGCCAGGGUUGGUGGGGCCGUCAGUUCGUGCUCAGGCAGAGGACUAUGCUUUGGUGAAUGCAGUGGCCACUCUGCCCAAGCAGGUAGCCGACCACUACGAUAACUUUCAGAUCUAUAAAGCUCUGGAGGCAGUGUCCAGCUGUGUCCGGCAAACUAAUGGCUUUGUCCAAAGGCAUGCACCAUGGAAGUUGAACUGGGAGAGCCCAGUGGAUGCCCCCUGGCUGGGUACUGUGCUUCAUGUAGCCUUGGAAUGUUUGCGAGUCUUUGGAACUUUGCUCCAGCCUGUCACCCCAAGCCUAGCUGAUAAGCUGCUAUCCAGGUUGGGGGUGUCUGCCACAGAGAGGGGCCUUGGAGAGCUCUGUUUCUUGCCUCGAUUCUAUGGACAUCCAUGUCCUUUUGAAGGGAGGAGGCUGGGACCUGAAACUGGGCUCUUGUUUCCAAGACUAGACCAGUCUAGGGCCUGGCUGGUAAAAGCCCAUAGGACCUAGAAACUUAGUUUUUAAAUUGGCUUGUGGUAAAAAAGCAAAUGUGUUAUUUUCUUAUUUUGCGUUUUUAGGAAAAUUAUGCUAAUGUUUUCUAAAGUGUUGCAUCAUAUGAGCACAUAAACAGUGUCACUGUGAUAAGAGGUUUGUAGCCUUUCAGGUGCCUCCCCUCCUAGUCUUCAGUUCUCUGUGCCCAUUAACCACUAUCCUUUGUACACCGGUGUCUCUAAGAUGUCUCCAGGGUCAAAGAUGGGUGAUGGUGAAGGGAGGAAAUGAUCAAUGCUCCAAGAAUCUCAAACUGGAUUUAGGGAUCUCUCCAAGGCUCCGUAAGAGAAUAUCACAGAGAAGAUGUUGAGGGAAGGGAAUUGGGAAGAGCUACACACCAGGAGGUUCUUCCUAUAGCAUUGACAACUAGAAAUAAUAUACUUUCUACUGCAUCUUUUCAUGAAUAGCUAUUGGGAGUUUUAGCCAUACUUGGAUCUUCAAAGUAAGGUAAGGCUAAGUACGGAAGUUCCAUCCUUGGCUGUUAACUAAAUAUCAUUUGGUUUAUGGCACAGACUACUCACCAUAGAUUUUAAAGUCCACAGCUCCUCACUUAAGAACUGGAAGGUAUGAGAUGUCAGGAUGUUUCAGGAAACCAAGUGUGCCAUCUGCAAGAAGAAAAUUAUAGCUCCAAGGAGAGAUGAGCCCUGCCUUCAAGUCAUGAAGAAUAUUUUGGAUGAAGCAUCUGCAGAGGGCCUGGAAGACUCACUGGGUAAAGCUGGAGGGACAGCUCUAGGAAUAACUGGAAAUGGAUGAUACCACCUUUCUUAGUGUAUGAAUCGAGAAAUUUGGACACAGAGACACAAAGAUAAUGUGAAGACACAGGGGAAAGAUGGCCAUCUAUAAGUUAAGAAGAGAAGCCUGAAACAAAUGCUUCCCUCAUGGCCCUCAGACUGAACCAAUCCUGCCAACAUCUUGGUCUUCAACUUUGAGUCUCUAGAACUCUAAGACAAUAAAUGUCUGUUGUUUAAGCCAUAA